AUGUCGGGCAAAGAAGAUCACAUGGCCUACGGGGACUACCCUGGCCAAGAAUCGGAGCGUUCAAGCGGCACUCGAAGUCUGCUCGGAGAUACACUGAACAAGUUCCGCGAUAAGUAUCAUGCUCACACUCAAGGACAGCAGCAACAGAGUGCUCCGGGGUACCAGCAACCUCACUAUAACACCCAGGGAGGGUAUCCUGGUCAACCGCCUGCCCAAGGUUACGGCCAACCUUCCUCGCAAGGGGCACCGCCGCCGCACCAGCAACAGCAAGGAGGAUACUAUGGAAGCACUCCGGUACCCGCACAGACUCAGAAUCCCCCAUACUAUCAAGGAACGAAACCACCAAAAACAGACUUGGUCUCCGGCCUCCUGGGGAAAGUGCAGGGCAUCGGAUCCGACUUGGCGCAAAAGAUUGGCUCCAGUAUCGACCCUCAGGCGUAUGCUACGUAUGGAUCGAGUACGCAAGCGGAUGGGAAAAUUCGAUACAGCAGCUUUGCCCCUGAGAGGGAUUACAAUGAUGCAAAGUGGUAUGUUGACGGAUGCACGUAUAUGUGGGCGGUUUCGAGGGCAUUGGAGACUGCAAAAGAGUCUAUAUGGAUUCUGGAUUGGUGGCUCUCCCCCGAGUUGUACUUGCGCCGCCCACCUGCGAAAAACGAGCAGUACCGAUUGGACCGCAUGCUUCAAGCUGCUGCUCAAAGAGGCGUAAAGGUCAACAUCAUUGUGUACAAGGAAGUGACACAGGCUCUUUCGUUGUCGUCCUCCCAUACGAAACACCAUCUGGAAGACCUCCACCCAAAUAUCUCAGUCUUCCGCCAUCCUGAUCAUCUUCCCGAUAGACAAACUCUACAUAGCGGAAUGGUGGCUUCGUUCCAGAAUAUGACUCUAAACCCCGCCGGAAUUGCGAAACUGUCCAGCGAUGCCUUGAAAGGAAUAUAUGGCAUGAAUGACAAUGUUAUUCUCUACUGGGCUCAUCACGAAAAACUCUGCUUAAUCGAUAGCAAAAUUGCAUUUAUGGGUGGUUUGGAUCUCUGCUUUGGUCGCUGGGACACGUAUCAGCAUUCUAUCGCGGACGUGCACCCUCACGACAUCAAGGACACGGUAUUCCCCGGGCAGGAUUAUAACAACGCGAGAAUUCUGGAUUUCCAGGAUGUUGUUCACUUCGAGAAGAAUGAGCUUAACAGGCAAACAAAUUCUCGAAUGGGGUGGGCGGACGUUGCCGUUAGCUUGCACGGUCCUGUCGUGGAAGACUUACGAAAGCAUUUCGUUGAUCGGUGGAACUUCAUCUACGACGAGAAAUAUGAAGUGAGAAAGAGCACUAGAUAUUCUAAAUUGAUCCUGUACCAGCGGCCCCUUUCUUCUGCGGGGUUCCAUCAACACGGAGUUCAAGGCCAAAAUCCAAGCCAUCACCACCAAGGAACCCAGCAGCAACAGCAGCAGCAGCAGCAAUUUCAAACCCCAGCAAUUCCCCCGGCUUAUGGUCACGGACAAAGCCAAGUCCCAAGCGGUACUGGCUCACAGAGUUACCAACCGCCAGGCCAACAAUACCCGCCUCCGCCACCAGGUGGGCCACCACAGCAGCAUACCCAGGCAGGUAGUGGCUAUCAACCGCAAUGGAACCAACCCCAAACUCCAGGCUCGGCUCAAACUCCAUAUUACCAGCCUCCUCCUCAAGACUCUCAGACGCGUGGCUUUUUCGACGGUUCCGAACCGCAGCAGGCGGGCGGUCGUGGCUUUAGUAAUCUGAAGACUGACGUGACGAACUUUGGCAACGUGCUUCGCAGCCAGCUAGCAGGUCAGGUACAUCGCUAUCAAGAUCGCUAUUUCAGCGGCAACCCAGGACAAGCGCAAAACGCUGUGCGCAUGGGCUGUCAGAUUGUUCGCAGUAGUUCCAAGUGGAGUCAUGGGACAACGCAGACGGAGACUUCGAUCGCGGAGGCCUAUGCUACCAUCAUCCGAGAGAGCGAGCAUUUCGUUUACAUCGAAAAUCAAUUUUUCAUAACCGCAACCGGCGAUUCCCAAGCCCCUGUGAAGAAUAAAAUUGGUGCAGCCAUCGUUGAACGCAUCCUGCGCGCAGCUAGAGCCAAGCAAAAGUACCAUAUCAUUGUGGUGAUCCCAGCCAUCCCCGGAUUUGCCGGCGAUCUUCGCGAUGAAGGCAGCUUGGGAACUCGGGCGAUUAUGGAAUUUCAGUAUAACUCGAUUAACCGUGGCGGCAACAGUAUCAUGGAAUUGAUAGCCAAGGAGGGACUCAAUCCGAUGGAGUACAUCCGUUUCUACAAUCUGCGAAACUACGACCGUCUUAACGCUACUGCGGUUAUGCAGACCGCCGAAAAGCAGAGUGGAGUCAGCUACCAAGCUGCUCAGCAUCAAUAUGACGCCGGUAUGACUGCGUCACGGCCAGUAUUCGACACCACAGCGGCGUAUGGCCAAUACCAGCAGGCUGCGCAGCACGCCACACAGGGCAAAUCUUCGCCUGGACGAUGGGAUAGCGUGGCUGAGUGUUACAUGCUAGGUGGAGAGAGUAUUCUCAAUGUUCCUUGGGAACAUAACGAUGCUUCGGCGGAGAUUGAUGCAUUCGUCUCGGAGGAGUUGUAUGUCCACUCCAAGGUAUUGAUUGCGGACGACCGAACGGUGAUCUGCGGAAGCGCCAACAUCAACGACCGUUCACAGCUCGGCUCGCACGACUCAGAAAUCGCAGUAGUUAUUCAAGACCCAUCCCCUCUGGAGUCAACGAUGAACGGUCAACCAUACCUUGUCAGCCGAUUUGCCGCCACACUUCGACGUCAGCUAUGCCGCAAACACUUGGGCCUCAUCCCGGCACAGGAUUACCAGCGACCCAAUGCCAAUUUCGAGCCCGUUGGAGUGCCAAACCAGUAUGACGUGGGCUCUCCUGAGGAUCAGAUAGUUGCCGAUCCAUUGUCAGGCACGUUCCAAAGUCUCUGGAAUUCACGAGCCAAGCAGAACACGGAGGUAUACCGAAAGGUGUUCCAUGCGGUGCCAGACGACAACGUGCGCAAUUGGAACGACUAUAAGGAGUUUUAUGAAUACUACUUCCGCAAGGAAGAGGUCAAUAAGCAGAAGCAGGGACAGCAGCCGGCGCCGGCACCGAUCCCUGGCGAGGGGCUCACCCCGGCACCACCAAGCAAAUACGAGUGCGGGCACGUUAUACGGGAUGAGUUCCCGGAGGGGGUGCGGGCAGUCAAGGAAGAGCUGAACAAGGUGAAGGGGACAUUGGUUGAGAUGCCGCUGAUGUUCUUGAUUGAAGAGGACAUUGCACAGGAGGGCAUCGGGCUGAAUAAGUUGACGGAAGAAAUCUAUACUUGA